GUUCGGUUCGCGUUCGGGUCGGGGUGGUCGUUCGGGAGUUAUCCCAGUGCCCUGCCUGGUGCGAGAUUCCGUUCGAAUCCUUUUCUCAGAGUUUGCCCCCCUGUAAAAUUUUGCAGGUCUUUGACCCCAAGUUCAGUAGCUUCUGCUUGUUGACAUUUUCCUGUUCGCUCGCACCGUGUAAUUUUAUUUGGAGAUGUUUUGAAUGAAAAAGUGCUUUGUUGCUUUUAUUUUGAAGAGAAAACAUUCAUUAUUUUUAGUUUUUGAUUCAGCUUAUCCAAUAUGGAGGGCCGGAAGAAGAAAAGCUGCUUGGGUCUAUUCUGCUUCCCUCAUACACUAUAUCACCAUGCACACCUCAAGUCGAUCGAGUCUACAGGAAGUUCAGCUUCAAAGCAGAACACGCGAACAUGCGGACGUACUACUUUGCCGCUGACACCAAUGAAAUUAUGCUGCAAUGGAUGCAUUGCAUGAGCCUCGCUUCUGUCUUGCAGGAUCGACCUACUAGAGAGGAAUCUUAUCAAAUUGAUUAUGAUACUAUACACUGCUAUGAGGAUCCCCGUGUGAUCACUCAGCAGCCAACUAAUGCUCAACACAGUCCCGGUGAUGAAAGUGAGGCUGGAUUUGGCUCGUAUCGACCAAGGUUAGCAGUUUCUGGAAGCAUGAAUGGAUGGCAGAGCCCCCUUCUGCAGCAACAGCAGCAGCAACAGCAGCAACAACAGCAACUAAAUGCUCUUGAUGAUCGUAGCUUUCACCAUCACCUGUACGCCAAUGCACCCCCCAAGCCACGGCGCCUUGCUAAUGAGGACAUGGGCUCCUCCAGCGAACAGUCACCAGAACAUCAUCAGAACCUAGGAGCGCAGCCUCAGCAACCCCCUAGACUCAUGCAGUCCAACUAUCAGUUCAACCCAGCUGCAAUGCCGCAAGUCCAAUCGCGCCUUGUCAUGUCCCCUAACAAUGCAGAACGACGGACUCCUGACACUUACAGCCGCCCUGCAGGAUCCAUGCAGGCUGCUCUAAACAAUAAAAUGAAGCCAACUGAUUAUGAAGAUAUUUAUAACAGUGAACGAAGGCAGAUGGAAAGCCAGUCAUGGGCUAGUAAGUUUGGACAGCAGGCCUAUCUUCAAACUACUGGUCAGAGUGCAACUAUUAUUACCAAAGGCUAUGAAGCAACUUACAAUUCACGCCCUGAUGAGAAGCAGCAACUAACACCUCUUGCUCAGAGUCCUCGAAAACAACCACCAAGGCCCCACAGUGCCGAUUUCCUUGACUAUGAUGCUCGCAGACAUGAGGAUGGCAUGGAUAUCACCAAAAGUCCAGAACCACAAGUAAGAGGGUCCAGAUCUCAGCUUAAUUCGCAACCCCCACGUCCAAAGUCAAGUCUUGAUAUCAUGCGUGAUCCUGACAAUCUGUACUGGUCAGAAGAAGGUUAUGCCCAGAAAAUGCGCCAAUCAGCUUACCUUCUCCAGCAGGGCCCUGGUGGUGCUCUCCCUAACCAGCAACCCCCCACCCGUAGUAAUUUCCCAUCCUUUUCAAACAUGCUCCAAUCCCAAAGCUCCUCUAGAGUCGCUGAGCUUGCUGCUAAUCGAGUUCUCUCCCCCUCUGCUGAACUUUUAAGGGAGAGUGAACAGCAGCACAUUUUGAACAUGCAGCGAAGACAACAGCAACUUCUUGAGGAGCAAAAGAUUUUGCAGCAGCAGCUAGAGUAUCAAAAACAGCAGAGCCAGCAGGAACAGCUUCAAAGGCAGCAGAUUGAGGAGGAAGAGGAGCGGCAGCUUCUGUCCUACUAUUCCGAGAUGCAGACACCAAUGACACAACAGCCUUUCACACGCUCAGCCAGUGCUCGCCUUCCGCGUCACAAAUAUGACACUGAGAGAGAUGAUGAUGAAGAAGGAUUCAAACAGAGGAGAAACAGUGGAAGUGGCAGUGGACUGUAUUCUCACAGGCGAUCAGGCGCUGAGUAUGGGAGUCAAAAGUUUCAACAGUACUCUGCUUUAAGCACCACACCAGACUUAUCUACCCCCUCCCCCCUAGAGGCGACUACACCACGUGAGGAGUCAAUGAAGCGUCUGCUGGAAUGGAAGCAACGUAUGUUGCAGUCUCCUCUAGCAAGGAAGCCCUCUGGUUCUGCAACAAGAGGUGUAAAUUCUGCACAAAAUCAACUUUCUAAUUAUUACAAGCAGCAAGCACUACGUGAACUUGCUGAUCAAGAGCGUAGGGCGCAGGGCUUGUCAAGGCACCUCAGUCAAGAUGCACUUCAUGAUGGGCCAUACAGCAGCUCAAAGCUAUUGAAUAUGCAAGCUUUAGUUGAUGACCAGGCAGGAUCAGUGCCCUGGAGCACCGAAAUGCUAGAUUCCCAAGAGGCUGCAGAUUUCCUUGCGCAGAAAAGUCAAGAAGAUUCUGGAAAAAUGUCUCGGAGUCGAAGUCAAGAUGGGCGCAGAUCUUCUGCAUCCAAUAGAUACACUAGUUAUUCCUCUGAUGAAGACAUUGGAGACACCCGUGAGCCCCGCAAGCGGUCGCGGAGACCAUCCCAGUCAAACAGAUCGCGGCGCAGCAGUACCGAGGAGAAGACGUCCCGGAAGGCAGUUUCUUUCGAAUCCCCUACCGGUGGGCAAGAAGCGAGGAACAACUUUCAGCAUGGCAAUGGUCAGGUGGCCGACACCAACUCGGCGCGGGACAUCAGUCAGAGAGGAUACAAUGAAUGGAAUCAUACGGUAGAAAGGCCGAGUAGACAGGAGACUUCUUCAAGGGGCAUGGAAAUGCACCGUGGACUGUAUGAAGAUCGUUACUUCUCUGGGAAGUGUUCAGACAGUGGUUAUGACACCCUCCAAAAUGGAAUAGGAUUCAAUGCCAGUGGCGAUACGAUUCACAGAAGCCAACUGAGAUUAAAAUCUCAAGGACUGGAACAACAGCCAAGUUCACAAAAAAAUGCGGCUUCCUCCAAUACUGAAACGAAACUCGAUGAAACAGCAAUUGUCAAGGAGUUCUCAUUUCAGUAUGUCAAGAAUAAAACCCAAAACAAUCCUAAUUUACUAGAAGGAACCAAAUCUCUCUCAAGAAAUUUAGUUUCUAAUAGGAAAAAAAUGUUUGAGGACCAACUUUGCCCAAGUGGAGGCUCUCAAGGAUCAUUAGAGUAUCUAAAUGAAAUUUCUGAACAUCAAAUUCGCUCGAGGUCAAUCCUAAAUAAUUUUGUCUUUGGUGAUGAUUCCUUCAAAGAACCAGUUGUGGAGGAACCAAAGUACCCAAAGUCUGUCAAAGACCUACUCGCAGACUUUGAAAAGAAGUCAAAAUUAGCUAAAGAGAAAGCUGCUGAACUUGAACGGAAGUCUGAAGAAGAAGCAAGGAGAUAUGUGUUUAGUGACACUGAAACCUUAAUGUAUGACACCUCAAGUGACCCUGAAAUCUUGACAGAGCCUGCUGCCUUCAGAAAUCGGCGUUUAGCCGCCCAGUCGAAUAAAUUUCCCCAAGAAGAAGAUGAGGACGGUGAAGUAGCUGCUGCUCUUGGGAGGCGGGAACAAUUUGUGAGUGCCUGUCGAGACUUGGGCAAGAAAAAAAGCGAUGACUGCAGGGAGUCCAAACACUUUGCAGCGCCGACCGCUUCCGACUGCAGCACUCCUCCGCUCCCCAAGACCACUGAAGAGAAGACCCUGGAGUGCAAGACCCCCGACAUGGCGGCCAUGCGGGCCACCGAGGAGUUCAAGAACGACGAGUUCCAGUCGAACGACCAGCAGGCGGAGGAGCACUACCUGCCCAUGACGCCCUCCAAGAAGAUCCUCUCCGACUCGACCAUGUUCAACCACUCCUCCUCGACGCUGUUCGAGCCCGAGGAGAACUCGUACGUGGAGAUGACGACGGGUGGCCUCUCCCGGUCGCUGCUGGCGCCUGGGGGCGGCGGCCUCUUCAGCCCGGGCCUCCCCGGCAGCGCCUCCAGGAACAUCCUGGCCGGCAGCCUGCUGGCCCCGGACAGCAGCGCGUUCGGCACGUACUCGGGCCAGUCGCACUACGAGCUCAUGUACCGCGCGGGCGCGCACGAGCCGCUGUACAUGGAGGUGAGCUCCGCGUCGUCGGACCUGGCGGCCGCCAAGCAGGACGAGGCGCAGGACCUGCCGCCGCCGCACCACGCCCGCCAGUACAGCAACUGCUCCGCGCACCGCGCCACGCCCACGCGCACGCCCGACACGCAGUCCGUGGCCAACGAGGACGCGGACAACAUCCCGCCCACCCCGCCGCGGCUCAUCCUGCCGGACAUCCUCAACUCGUCCGCCUCCUCCUUCCAGCAGCAGGCCUCCGUCAAGUCGGAGAGCUCGGACGCGGACGACGAGGCGUCCAAGGACCUGGACUCGCUGGACACGCCGCGGCACAAGCGCUUCAGCCUGUCGGACACCUUCCGGCCCGCUUCCUACUACCUGGGCGCCAGCCUGGGCGCCAGCCGCGGCAGCAGCGGCCCUGACCUGGGCCGGCCGCCCUUCCUGGGGGAGACCAGCAGCACCCACGAGCACCACGACUCGUCCGACAGCGAGCUCGUGUCCCCGCCGCCCAUCCCCACCAGCCCGCCGCCCCUCGAUGACCUCGACACCUCACUCGACAUCCACGACUCGUCCCUCGACGUCCCCAACAAGACCAGGCUGUCGCCCAUCCACUCCAAGACGAACAGCAUCGCGAGCCAGAACGGCGACCUCCCCUCGCCCGCCUGGAAGCACAAGGCGCGCACCGCCGUGGACGAGGCCGUGCAGGAGGCGUUGCAGGACGCCCUCGACGACGUCCUGGACGACGACGCGGCGGGCACCCUUUCGCGCAGCAGGCGCAGGCUCGCGUCGGACGAUCUCCUGGACCGCCUCGACGACCCGGCGUACAUCUCCAAGGCGGCCGUGAGGACUUCCCUCGACUCGAUCGGCAGGCGGAGCGGCGUGGCCCUGGAUGCACUGGGGCUCGACGAGUACCUCAGCGGGCUGCAAGUCGCCUCGCCCUCGCCGUCGUCUUCCUCGGGACGGCACUUCUUUAGCAACACCAACAACACCAUGAACAAGAGCCAGGCUUCGACCCAGGACGACGAGAUCCUGUACGAGAACCUGCAGGAAGUCUUCUCGCCAGCCACAGAGCCUCCACCGCCCCCGCAACACCAGCUCCAGCAACAACACCAACAGCAACAACACCAACAGCAACAACACCAACAGCAACAACACCAACAGCAACAACAUCAACAGCAACAACCUUCACGCCCUACACACUUUCCGGGCGGCAGCAACAGCAGCAGCUUCGACCAGGGUGCCGCCAGGGGGGCGGCCAGGCAGUCCACCAACACGCCGACCAUGACCCCGGCGGGCGCCGAGCAGCAGCAGCAGCAGUCCGGGGGACAGACCACGCCGCUGCAAGAGCGGCCGCAGUCCAGGGCGGGCGCUGCCGGCCCUGCCGCCGGCCCUGCCCACGAGGACCAGGGCGACCAGCUGGGGGGCGCGCCGUACUACUACUCGGACCUGCUGCGGGGCGGCGCCGGCGCGGAGGAGGCGGCCGCGGGCGGGCUGGCGGCGGCCGCGGAGCGCGAGCGCAGCCUGGCCGCGGCGCGCACGCAGAGCUCGGGGCGCUCGCGGCUGCAGCCGCUCAACAACCAGCGCAGCAACAACCAGCCGCAGCGCUGGGGGGAGCGCGCCGACGCGCAGCACCUCGACGUCAAGCGCAACGACGUGGGCCGCAAGGUGAACCCCAUCCGCGGUCCGUCGGACGCGCUGGCCGCCGGGCCCUCGCCGUCGGACCGCCUCGCCGAGGACGUACGCCACACGUCCGAGUCGUUCCUGGGCGCCGAGAAGUGCGGGCGCGUGGACCAGCGCAACCUGUACGAGGCGGACACGCUGCAGCGCACGCGCCGCGCCCAAGCGCGCCCGCACCACCAGCAGCGCGCGCACACACCCGACUUAUUCCUCGAGCACAACCUGUACCCCAACGGGCUGCGGGACAAGCGGCGCCGCAGCCGCUCCGUGGAGGGCCUGCUGGACGAGCCGGGGCUGUCGCCGCCGCACCAGCCGCAGCAGCAGCAGCACCAGGCGCGGCAGUACCACCACCAGCAGCAGCAGCCCGUGAGCCAGGCGGGCGGAGCGGGUGGAGCGGGUGCCGACAUGGACAUGUGGGAGGAGGACUCGCUGUGGCGCGAGAGCCUGCGGCGGGUCAGCCUGCGCCACACGCGCUCCCUCGACAACCUGGACGACGGCCCCGCCGGCCCCGCCACGCCGACCUCGCCGCCGGCCUCGACGGCGACCUCGCCACCCGCGGCCGCCGUGACCAUGAGGGCGCCCCGCCCGGGGACCCUGUACACGAGCGCGAGCGCGCGGCGGCGCAGCGAGCCCCCCGCGGGCGCACCGCGGCCGGGGGCGGGCCCGGGGGCGGCCGCCAAACACUACGAGGACUACCGGGAGGCGCGCGCCCCGCCCGACGACAGGGACGACGGCGUACACUACGAGAGGCUCGCCAGGUUCACGUCGGAGAGCCUCGAGCGCUCGCGCCGGGGGCAGACCUACCUGGACGGUUACGUCUGGGACGAGGACCAGGAGACGUUCCGGGUACCGCAGCAACAGCAACAGCAACAACAGGAGCAGCAGCAGCAGCAACAACACAAGCAGCAACACCAACCCACCACGAACGCCAACAACAACGUGCCCAAGAUGAAGCCUUUUUUAGAGGUUGGCCCGCCUCCACCAUCUACCCAGGUCCAGGUCGGUGGGGGGGCGGGGUCUCAGGCCCGGGGCCGCUCGCGGGCGUGCACGGACGAGGCGGAGCAGUCCCAGCGCGUGGACCAGCGGCAGCAACGGCGGCAGGCGGGCUCAACACCAGUGGUGUCCUUGUCCCUGUCGGCGGCCGGCUCGGCGCGCGACUUUGUGGGGCAGGUGCCGCAGCUGGGGCUCAGUCAGCAGCACCUGGCGCUCAGUCAGCAGCACCUGGCGCUCGGUCAGCAGCAGGUGCCGCAGCUGGGGCAGGGGCUCGGCCUCGGCCUGGCGCUCAGGCAGCAGCACCUGGCGCUCGGUCAGCAGCAGGUGCCGCAGCUGGGGCAGGGGCUCGGCCUCGGCCUGGCGCUCAGCCAGCAGCACCUGGCGCUCAGUCAGCAGCACCUGGCCGAGGCCGCAGCACAGGCAGCGCCGCCGAGGGACGCCACCAGGGCCCUCUCGUCCUUGUCAGCGCGCAUCAACUCUCUGGACAGAGAGAUUACCGCACUCAGCCGAAGCCAAACAAUGGAACUCUCAACUCCAGAGAGUCUGGCAAGUCCAGACAGCUCGACGAGCCCACCAAGUCCUGGUGACUUCUUAGAGCUGAUUAGACCAAGGACUUGGGAAAGUCUCGAAGUUCAGGAGGCUCGUGCAAAGGAAGCGUUGGAGUUUCGUGAGGCUUACCAAGCUCACAAGGUAUCUGCUGGAGAACUGCUUGGACGAACUCAUGAAGAACUAGUCCUAUUACUCAUCCAAUUGCGCAGAGCUAGUGCUGCUGUUUGCAAAGCAAUGGAGUCUUGUCACAUGGAAAUUGAAACACAGGCCCGUUUGUCAGAGCUUGAUACACCAAAGCAAAUGGAACAUUUACAAAGAUUGGAAGAUCUCAAAAAACAGUUGAUUGAACUGGAAAAGCAGCAUGAGAAAGGGAAGCCUCUGGUGAACUUGGUGGACAAUAUGGUGAAACUGGGCUCCCUGUACCAUAAUGGCACACCCACAUCUGGUCUAAUGGGAUCGUCAAGUAUCCAAACACUCAGUGGUGUUCCUGCGCGUGAGCGACUUGAGUUCAACUAUAAAGUUCAGGAGCAGCGCCUCCUAGCUGAGGAGCGACGGGACUGGGAUCGCUUCAGCCCAGACUAUGGACAGCUUCAGGCAAAAGUGCAACAGUUAUAUCGCUUGGAUCAAGAGAUGCAAGAAGAAUCUCACACAUUACAAAAUUUACAAAUAGAUAAGGAACUUGUGGAAAGAGCUCUUGCAGGAAUACGUUUAAAGCUAGCAACAUCUCAGAUCCCACCUAAUCUCAGAGACACAUAUAGAAAACAACAAAGGCUCUUGGAACGAGAGCUAAGUAGAGUUCGUCUUUUAUUGGCCCAUAACUCAAAGAAAUUAGAGGAAACUGUUGCUGAAAACGCCAGACUUGAGCAAGAACUUGUUAUUCUACGUCAGAAGCUACAGACGUCCCGACAGAAUUCAUUUUCCUCCCCUCCACUUGGAAUGGUGGAUGCUGACUAUCCAUUAACUUCUGAGGAUCCUCAAAAUCCCACGGCUCAGUUGGAGGCUGAGCUUAAACGUGUGCAACUUAUCAUGGGAGAUUUGCACAGACAGAGACAAGAAAUUAGCGUAGCUGUAAAACAACUGACUGAAAAGUCAGACCCUGUUCGCCCUGGUCCAACUGGAGUUGCUGGUGCCGGCCCCAUUCUAGGAAAGAAGAAGCAGCAAAGUUCAUGGGUGGAAACGGACUUGGACUCCCUUGUUUCUAAAGACACGGGACACGGUUCACAACCUACUAGCCCCGUCUCGACGACAGGAAGUACCCCUUCUACAACCAGCACCAUUCCAUUGUACGUCAAUACGGGGAUGGACAAAGGUCAAGCAAGUGGCACAGAAGAAGAAGCUCUCACACUUCUUACCCUCAAUGAAGCAUCAGGUACAAGUCUCAGCCAAAUUGAACUCAGUGAAGCCGAUGACCGUAUGAAGAGAUUUUAUGGAAUUAUACCUAAAGAAAAGCAACAAGAGUUCAAAACUGUGCGAAUUGUGAAGCGAGAGUCAGAGCGCCGUCAAAGAGACAGAGAUCGUAGUGGUAACAUAGGAAUUCCCUUACUUGGGUCAAACGGGAAACGAGUAGCACUGUAUGAAGAUCAGAAUGAAAACAGUGUUACCAUUAUGGAGCGUCCAGAGCAGGCUGAUUUGGGACAGUUGAUAGAGAGUGAAGAGGGGGCUUCUGCCUUUGCACACGUUUCCAAUCAUCAUGAAACGAUGGGUAUUACUGCAACUAGCUCAACGUCUUCCUCACUUUGCAGUAGUGAACUAAUUUUGUCAACUGUGUCAUCUUCUAUGACUUCCUCUGCCACUAAUACAAGUACCACCACAGCAGUGGCUUCUUCUUCAAAUUUCAUGAGUAACAGCUGGGCACAGGAAACAUCCAGUAGCCAAGCUCUAGAUGAAGCCAUGGCCCAGCUUGAUGAUGAAUUAGAAAUGAGUGAUAGCUCAGUUUUCCAACGUUCACUGUCUCUUCCAAGAGGCUUUGGCAAAACAAAUGCUCAAGGUAUAGAAGUUGAAGCUGUCUCUAGUGUGGGAUCCUACAAUUCACCCUCCAAAAAAGCAAUGGUUGCAUCAGCUCCAGGAAGUGAAACCAAUCUCUUGCUGGCCGGAAUUCGUAGACAAAGAGUUCGGUUUGAUACUCACUCUGGCAGUGGGAGCGAGAGUAAUACAAGCAGUCCUAGUGGUUCUCGUCCUUUAUCUGCAAGAGAACAAUUAUUUGGCAGUUCAGCCAACGAACACCUAUCCACUGGCUAUUCCAUGCUCGGUCUAGCUUCACGGGAAACUUCACCUCAGAUGAGCCCAGUGUUUGCACAUCAUGCGGCGUACCAGAGCGAGGCAGCUCGCCAAAUCGUGAUGGAAAUGAACGCCUGCAGUCCCUCUGUCUUGCCUCCGCAGAAAGUGGCGCAGCAGAAACAGCUGAAACAAGCACAGCAGCAACAACAAGCUCAGCGCCGUCUAGUGCCCAGGGAAAAGAGACGACAUCAUACAGUGUCUGGAAGACCUCUAUCACAAGUGUCAAGUUCUCCUCUGCCUGUCUUGGGCACUAGGUCGAGAGAUGAUUUAGACAUGGAAAGAGCCCUUCGCACAAGGCAUAACGCUGCUCCUGAUGUAGUUCGUUCAACUCUUUCUCGCCGUGCUCCUAAGUAUGAUGCAGACACAAUUGAUUCCAUUCUGGGCACACCUGGUAAAAUCCACAUCCCUGAGCGUUAUGUUCCUGAAAAUGAGCCAGCCCUGAGUCAAGAAGAACGUAUGCAACGUCUUCGCAAAGCAGAUGCCAUUCGAAAAAUGUUGUCUGAAACACACUCAAGUACGACUUUGCCAAGUACAUCAGGACAUCAGGAACCACCAACGUCAACCUUGAAGAAAAAAGCUGAAGAAGAAAAGAAGCAACACGAGCACUUAUUACAAUUGAAUCAGCUUCUUGCGAAACAAGUCAUGGAGAAGAGUAAGAUUGUAGCAGAAAAAGCACUCUCACAAGGCCCUGCUGAAGAUGAAGACAAAAGUACAAGUGAUGAUGAAUCUCCAGAGCACCCCCUGCCAUUAUAUCAGCAACGUGAAAAUUUUUUCAGCUAGUUGCGGAGUUGCGGCCAUUCUACCAAGUCUGUUAGUUUGUAAGGAUAACAGUAUUCUUCUGAAUUGUGUUAGCAGUAUUGUAUUUCUUAAUCAGAUUUAUACUGAUUAAAAAGUCAUGCUCAUAAACUAGACUAUGUAUCUAAUCUAGUAGCUGAAUGCCCCAUGAAAAGACCAUAUUUUGGUUUAAUUUAUGCUUGUAGAUUUUCAUGACAACAAAUUCAUCAGUUUUUAAUGAUGUACUUAAUGUUGUCAAUUAUCAAUGUCAAUUUAUCAUGAAACAAUAACAAUAAUUUCUUGUGCAUAUCAGUAGAAAAAUGAAGUAGUGUAGAGUGUACCUCGUAAGUUGUACAGGUUUUAUAUAUAUAUUGUAUUAGUCAAUUGUUAUUUAUGGUCAAUAUUAAUUAUAUUUAUUAGUGUAGGUUGUUACAUCAAUACAUACUAUAUGACAUUUUUUGCUUGGUUGAGAAGCUUCACAAAAGCAACAUCAAUUUACAAACUCCACAUAUUCUGUACUUUAUAAACAAUU